AUGGAUAUCUCGACGUCAGACUCAGUCAACGACAAACAGAAGGCACGUCAGGGAAAGUUUGUAUGUAAAGAACCGAAAAUCAAGAGAUUGAAGGAGGAGGCAGAAUCCAUAAACGAGCAGUUUGGAAAGGGUAUGAAGCAAGAGUGUUUGUCUGCGUUGGGCAUUAGCGCAAGUUCUCUAAGUGCAGACCCUGUUCUGUCAGCGGCUGCGGGUCUAAAACAAGAAGUGAAAGAAGAAGGUGCCGAAAUCCGAGAUGUUUCCAACUAUCCGCACGACAAAGACAUUGACAGUUGUCAUCUUGUUGGGGCGUUUGAAAAGCUUGUGAACGAACAUCGGGUCACGAGCCCAAACGGUUCUGGACUGUGGGAUGUUGUAUACCGUCGUGUGCACAGACAUUGUAAGAGAUAUCGCCGAACGAAGUGGAAGAGCGGUGGACUAGAUGACAAGGGUUUCAAGAUAGUCAACGAGGAAGAAGUUGGACUCUUUCUGGAUUUCUGCAAGGCCACUUCUGAUCAAACGAUGCGAUAG